AUGAUACCGGGACUGUGCGCUCAUGAGAUAGGGACCCACCUAUUGAGGAUGCUCAAUAACGAUCUUCAACCUUGGAGAGCCGACCGGCGUCUGUCUGGUCCUAAAGACAAUCGUCCAAAGCUGGAGAAUCAUUUUGCUACCGAGGAAGGAUUAGCUACACUAAACGCUCUGGUGCAGUCGGACAAGAGACCCAAGAAUGCAGAGUUAUACCUGUGGUCCCCCGCGUUGCGAUAUUGGGCAACAGUGCAAGGUCAGAAUCGUAGCUUCGUUCAGCUCUUCCACUUGUUACAACGCUACGUCCAGGAUCCUGUGAGGCGCUUUAAGCUGUGCAGUCGUGUGAAAAGGGGCAUCCGGGACACUGGUAUCCCUAGAGGGGCGUGUACGUUGGACCAAGCGUAUUUCCUCGGCGCAGUGGAUAUCUUGCGGAACUUGGACUCCAUUGACUUCGUGCUUCUGCAUUGUGGGCUGCUGUCUCGGAAGGAUCUCCAUAGGGUUCGUUUCUGUGCUCGGAGACAUGCGAUUAGGUUGCCUCAUUUUCUGGGGACUACAGAGAAAAUUGCCAAGUGA